AUGUUGGGGAAAAAGUCCAGGCCGGUGAUCGGAAUCCUCACCGGAUCACUAAUCCCUGGCAACAAAGCUCACUCCGACAACAGAACAACUCAAUCCCCCAAAGGCCUCAAAAGGAGCUUCGAUUACGGCGCCGUCGGAUUGGGCAUAGCUGCCGCCCUCGAGAGCGAUUUUCCGUCCAACAGGGCGCUCAUUCGCCGGAAUUCGAGCCGAUCCAGCCCGAUGCCGGUGAGUCCGCCUCCCAAUAAUCCACAAAGAGGCAAUAGAUUCUUCAUGGAGCAAAUCGAGAGCGAAAGCUUCGAGGAGGAGUACACGAUCGUCACGCGCCACUCGCCGAACAAGCCCUGCACCAAGGUGAGCAGUCGAGCCGGCGUUUUCCACAUAUCUCCGCCGAGAUUCUCCUCCGCCUGCGGCGGCGGAGCUCCGGCGGACGAUUUCCUCAGCUCGUGCCAUUUGUGCCGGAAAAAACUCCACGGCGAAGACAUUUACAUGUACAGAGGGGAGAAAGCAUUUUGCAGCACAGAGUGCAGGUACAGGGAAAUAGCGAUGGACGAGCGCAUAGAGAAGUGCGGCUCAGAGGCUACGAGAGUCGUCGAUCUAUCGAGCUCCGGCUACGCCGGCGGCGGCCAGAUCUUCACCGCCGGGAUUUUGGCGAUUUAG